GUGUUCCCUACGGACGGUGUCAGAAUGGCAGAGUCCGCUCCGGCCCCCUCUGAGGAAACAGCGCCUGCCGCGGCUCCUGCAGCAGCCGCUAAGGCCGCUGCCAAGAAGCCGAAAAAGGUGGCAGCUGCCGCGUCCAAAGCCCGCAAGCCCGCCGGCCCCAGUGUUACAGAGCUUAUCACCGAGGCUGUAUCUUCCUCAAAAGAGCGCAAGGGGCUCUCCCUCGCCGCUCUCAAGAAGGCGCUGGCCGCCGGAGGCUACGAUGUGGAGAAGAACAACAGCCGCAUCAAGCUGGGGCUUAAGAGUCUAGUGAGCAAGGGCACCCUGGUGCAGACGAAGGGUGUUGGUGCGUCUGGCUCUUUCCGUCUCAGCAAGAAGCCUGGGGAAGCAAAGGAAAAGGCUCCUAAAAAACUGGCAGCUCCAGCUAAGCCAAAGAAGCAAGCAGCCAAGAAAUCUGCCAGCGUUGCCAAGAAACCUAAGAAGACAGUGACAGCGAAGAAGAGCCCUAAGAAAGCCAAGAAGCCAGCGGCUAAGGAAGCAAUAAAGAGCCCCAAGAAGGCGAUAAAGGCUGCCAAACCGAAGAAGGCAGCAGCAGCAGCAUUAAAGAGCCCAGUCAAGAUGAAGGCAGUGAAGCCCAAAGUUGCUAAGCCCAAGGUGGGUAAGCUGAAAGCAGCCAGAGCAAAGAAGGCUGCUUCAAAGAAGUAACCCUUAGAAGGUACAUCUUACACCCCAACGGCUCUUUUAAGAGCCACCCAAAUACUCUCAAAGAGAGCUGAAAUUAAGGGUAUUUUUAAGGGUGUUUCUUAAGUGUUCUGGAAAAGGUUUGCUAAUGCUCAAUUCCCCCCUUUACUCCCCCUAGCUGUAUGGCUCUUUUAAAGCAUGUUCCAUGGAAGCCACGUUUCAGAAGCAGCCCUUUAAGUUGUUUUAA